AUGGCUGCAGUCAUCAAAGGCACGCCCCAGAAGAGAGCUGCCUGUGCUGGUAACACAGCAAACGACCGCGGCACUUGGUGCGAUUACUCGAUCGACACCAAUUGGUAUGACGAGGUCCCCGACACCGGAGUUACUCGCGAGUACUGGCUAGAGCUCUCUGAGACUGAGGUUGCCCCUGAUGGUUUCACGCGGACAGGCAUGACAGUGAACGGUACCAUCCCAGGACCGACCAUCGAGGCCGACUGGGGAGACGAAUUGGUCAUUCAUGUGAUCAACAACCUCAACAUUAAUGGAACAUCUAUCCACUGGCAUGGACUUCGACAGAAUUACACCAAUCCCAAUGAUGGAGUUGUAUCAGUGACACAGUGCGCUCAAGCGCCUGGAGACACGUUCACCUAUCGUAUGCGCGCUACUCAGUACGGAACUUCUUGGUACCACUCCCACUUCUCACUUCAAGCCUGGGAUGGAAUAUUCGGCAGCAUCGUCAUCAAUGGUCCCGCCACCGCCAACUACGACGUGGACGCUGGACCAAUCAUUAUCGCUGACUGGUUCCACGAAACGGUGUACUCCUUGGCCCAGGUGGCUGCUACUGGGGGCCCACCCACACCAGAGAAUGGCCUAAUCAAUGGUACCAACGUUUUCGGCGAUGAUGGCGCCGACAAUCAGACGGGCUCCCGCUUCGAGUUGGACUUCGAACCUGGCACUUCCUACCGUCUCCGCUUGAUCAAUGUUGCGAUCGACAGUUUCUGGAAGUUCAGUAUUGACAACCACACUUUGACUGUUAUUGCUGUCGAUCUUGUCCCCAUUGUGCCCUUCACCACAGACGUCGUUAGCAUCGGUAUAGGUGAGUCGAAGACCCUUUCCAUGUUCUGA